GGCGAAGGCCGGUCUAGAUCACCCAAUCACAUGACAUGUCACAUGACAUUGUUUAUGAUUAGAAAACUGUUCGAAUGUUGCACGGCUGUUAGCGGUCUAAUUUCAACUCAAUUAUGGCGCUCACCCCCCAGUUUCUGUGUCUGGUCCUGAUGUUAGCCAGCCCCACCCUGGCUGUAGACAACGGGCUGGCCAGAACCCCGCCCAUGGGCUGGCUAUCCUGGCAGAGGUUUCGCUGCAACUUGGACUGUGCCAAUGACCCCUUGAACUGUAUCAGUGAAAGGCUGUACAAGGACAUGGCAGACAGACUUGCAGCAGACGGCUACAGGGAUGCGGGCUAUGUCUACGUCAACAUUGACGACUGCUGGGCAGCCAAACAGAGAGACCCGGUCACGCUACGGCUGGUGCCAGACCCUGACCGAUUCCCCAGUGGCAUCAAGGCUCUAGCAGACUAUGUCCAUAGCAAAGGUCUGAAGCUUGGUAUCUAUGGUGAUAUGGGAACAUUUACCUGUGGAGGCUACCCAGGUAGCAAAUUCACCCUGGAGACAGAUGCUACAACAUUUGCGGAAUGGGGAAUUGACUCGUUGAAGUUGGAUGGUUGCUACUCUACAACAACAGACUUCACUGUAGCUUACCCAAUCAUGGAGUUUUACCUAAAUAAAACAGGUCGUCCAAUCUUAUACAGCUGUAGCUGGCCAGCUUACCAGCAGACUCCUGACUAUCCUAGGAUAGCAGAGUUCUGCAACAUUUGGAGAAACUACGCAGACAUCGAUGACUCAUGGGACAGUGUGAAAGAUAUAAUUCAAUUCUAUGGGGACAACAAGGGCAACUUCAGCGCAGUUGCUGGCCCUGGCAACUUUAAUGAUCCUGAUAUGAUAAUAAUUGGAGAUAAAGGUCUCAGUGAUUCCCAGGAAGAGGUUCAAAUGGCGUUGUGGUCUAUCAUGGCUGCACCACUCUAUCUCUCUAACGACCUCAGAAACGUGUCUGACAGAGCCCGCCGAUUAAUUCAAAACAAAGGGGCCAUUGCGAUCAACCAGGACCCCCUAGGGAUCAUGGGCAAGAGGGCGUGGCAGGCCAAUGGUAUACAAGGCUGGAUACGUCCUGUUUUACCCAUCGGAAGUUACGCAGUUGCUGUUUUAAAUGUGAAUGACGGAGGCUCAGCGACCCCAGUGACUAUUUCUCUGGCGACUUUUGGUGUGACUGACAUUGGCAGAUAUAACUUCACUGAAGUCUUUACUGGAGGCUUCAUUGGACUUUUCUCAACAAAUGAUCAAGUUGUAAUUAAAGUUGAUGUGUCCAGUGUAUUUUUUGGAAAAUAUUCCAGAAUCGGUUAAUUUCAAUCAAAUAAAUCUAUGUUAUAUAUUUAUAUACUAGCCUGAUAAUUUAAAAAAAUGUUUGUCUGAUAAAAGUUAUUGGGUUAUAAAUAUUGAUUUCCUUCCCUGUUGUUUAUUUUAUGUAUUUUAUAGUAGCCUAAUUGAUUUCUAAUAAUUUAAUUAUAAUUUAUUAAACAUUUGUUUUGCUAAUGUUUUAAAACAAUAAAUGUUUUUAAAACUACCGUAAAG